AUGCGGAAAUCUGCGGCGCACUCCUUCUACCUCGCCGUCUUCUCCCUCUUCGCGGGGAGUUGCACAGCACGAGCGGCUUCCGCGACUUCACACUCUCACACCAGCCCUGACAUCUGCGCUCUCAAUCCGCAAGCAACCGUCUCCGACGCUUGUGCCUCCUACUCCGACCUCGACAAGCUGAACGAUCGACUGCAUUCAUACGUGCACAACCUUGCGAACAACACCGAUUUCUUCUCAUACUACCGCCUGAAUCUAUACAACAAAGAAUGUCCCUUUUGGAGCGACGAGAAUGGGCUGUGUGGCAACAUCGCCUGUGCGGUGACCACGGUGGAGAAUGAGGAGGAUGUGCCCGCGAUAUGGCGCGCGGAAGAGCUGGGGAAAUUAGAGGGCCCGCAGGCGAAACAUCCGGGAAGACAGCAACAGCGCGAGUUGCGGCGGCCAUUGUUGGGGAAUCUGGGAGAGGACGUUGGCGAGAGUUGCGUGGUGGAAUACGAUGAUGAGUGUGAUGAUCGUGAUUACUGCGUUCCGGAAGACGAGAGCGCAAGUGCGAAAGGAGACUACGUCAGUCUUGCAGAGAACCCCGAACGGUUUACGGGCUACGCUGGAGAAGGGGCACAUCAGGUGUGGGAGGCCAUCUAUCGGGAGAACUGCUUUUCAAGGCCCUUGGCCCGGGAUCAAAGCGGAAUUGCCCCCGGACUAUCCACAGCACCUCCGUCCGGCCUUUCGCCAAACCAAGCGCAGGCUGCGCUGGACUUUAAGCAAGUCAUGAAAGCGCAUGGCCGAGAGCAAGCGCUGCAAUCGGGAGAGCUGGAGGAUGCCAUGGCGUUGGAAGAUGAGUGCUUGGAGAAGCGCGUCUUCUACCGAGUCAUCUCGGGCAUGCACGCGGCAAUCUCCACCCACCUCUGCUACGACUAUCUCAAUCAAAGCACCGGCGAGUGGGGUCCGAAUCUUCGGUGUUACAAGGAACGUCUACACCAGCAUCCAGAGCGGAUCGCCAACCUGUACUUCAAUUAUGCAUUCGUGCUCCGGGCGGUGGGCAAGCUGAAAGACUACGUGCAGGACUACACCUUUUGCACCGGCGACCCGAUUCAGGAUCAACGAACGAAGCAGAUGAUCCGCACUCUCGCGGACGCGAUCCCCUCGGGACCCCAAAUCUUCGACGAGUCCGUCAUGUUCCAGGACCACACUGCAGAUGGGAUCAGCUUGAAGGAGGAUUUCCGCAAUCGCUUCCGUAAUGUCAGCAGGAUCAUGGACUGCGUUGGAUGCGACAAGUGCCGACUAUGGGGCAAGGUGCAGACGGCGGGAUUUGGGACCGCGCUGAAAGUGCUCUUCGAAUUUGGAAAUGGGAACGCCGGGGAGGACAAGCCGAUUCUUCGGCGAACGGAGCUGGUCGCGCUGAUCAACACAUUGGACAAGAUCAGCUCUGCGUUGAAAGCCAUCGAUCACUUCCGAGAAAUGAUGGCGGCGGAGCUCGCGAGCGAGAGCAAGAUAGCAGAGGUGAUUCAGCCCAGUCCACAAGCAGCGAAGAAAAGCGCGCCGGAGACAUUUGACGAUCUGGAUGCAUUGGACGACUUCGAAGACAACGAGCGACACCGGGAGAAGACGGUGGGCGACGAUUUUUGGGAAGAGUUUGACCUCAUCUUCCGAGCGGGCAGGUACAUUGUGCAGAGCUGGAUUCAGAUCCCUCGCAUGACGGGCUCGAUUCUUUCUCACGAGCUGGCGAGGUUUUGGGACUUUUGGCUGGGUAGGCCAGUGAGGCCGCGAAAUUGGGGCAUCAAGCUACCCACUCGCGAGGACCUGUACGCUGAUGAGCUGUGA